AUGAGCGCUCCAAUCAGCUCCAACGGCAACGGCCAAGCCAACGGUCAAAAUGCCGCGACGACAGGAACACAAAACGGCAACGGAGUUGCACCACAACAGAAGAACAAGAAGAAUGGAAUUAUACAUCCAAACGGUCAUCAUGCGAUUAAACGCCCAAACAAGAUCGGAACUGGUCUUAUAGAUCGCGUAAACCAAAUUAAAAAAGGACCACCCGGCGGCUUCGAUCCGACCCCUCUUCCCGAUGCGCCCCAAGGCUAUACAAUUCGAUUUAUCUUUCAUGGCGCUUCCAAUCUUGCGCCUGCUGACUUUGUCACCAUCUCUUCUGAUCCUUACCUCCAUGCGACCUUGAAAGGCACUCAGCCAAAGCGUCAUAAGGAGGACCCAGACCUUACUCACCGGACAAGAACUCUGAGAAAGACCACCGAGCCACAAUGGGACGAUGAAUGGGUCGUUGCGAAUGUGCCACCGACUGGCUUCACUCUCAAGUGUCGAUUGUAUGAUGAAGAUUUUCCCGAUCACGACGAUAGACUGGGCAACGUUACCAUCAAAGUGCCCAGACUAUCCGAGGACUGGCAGGGAAUCCCUCCUCCUGGCCGUGUCUAUGAGGCCAAGAAGCGAGUUAUGAGCAAGAGAGCUUACGCAACAAAAGUUGUCACCAAUAUGGUCAACCACAGUAUGCACAUGACUCCUACACUCCGCGUUAGUAUGGAGCUUCUCGGGCCCUCAGCUCCGCCCUUUGCACAAAUGCAUACAAUCGGACCAACAACAUGGAUCCAGCACUUCAGUCCCCUGAUCGGCAGAAUCGCUGGCGUCAAGGUCAACACUAAUUCCGACGAUGACGCUCGAACCGACGAAGAAGAAGAACAGGUAGCUCAGAAUGGAGAUAAGAAGAGCAAGAGUAAGACUCAGAAAUACGAUUUCCAAGCAAAUGAGAUGCAACUCCAAGGCCCGGUACCCCCCAAGUUAUAUCACCGGUUUGUCGAGUUCAGACCCAUCAUCGCGUCGAUCUACUCAUCUGCGGGCUUGCGCGGUACGAUUCUGAACAAGGCGUUACACGGCCAGCACCGCCGUAUCUACAGUUUCAAUGCAUCGACCGCUUACGGCGACUUCAAGGCCUGUACCCAAGAGGCUGCGAUGCAAUUCCUGAAGCUUGUUCACUUCGAUGAGGGCGGCCGUAUUUUUACUUACGUUUUGACUUUGGAUGGCAUGUUCAGAUUCACAGAGACUGGAAAGGAGUUUGGUAUCGACAUGUUGAGCAAGCACACUAUGCAUUCAGACGUGGAAACAUAUAUUGCCUGCUCUGGUGAAUUCUUUGUUCGACGACUUCACCAUCCUACCGGCUCAGAUGAUAUCCACCCGCACCAAAAGACACAUCCGACGCAAGAAAUUUCUGGUGGUCCGCCUAGAGAGCAGCCUCCUGAUGAUCCUUCAUACUAUCAGUUGAUCAUCGAUAACGAUUCUGGAACGUAUCGACCUGACAAGUCGACUUUGCCCUACCUGAAGGAUUUCCUCGAGAACAACUUCCCUGGAUUGGGUAUCGUGGCAAUGCAUUGGGAAGACGAGGAGCUGAAAGAGUUGAAGGAAAAGCAGCACAAGGUGAAGGAGAACGAGGGCAGAGUGGUCAACAUGGUCCUGAACAGGAGCCAGAGCAGCAUAAGCUCCGCCGAGAGUGAGCUAGAUGAACGGCAACAAGGGCGCAAGAGUAAGCGACAGGCAGCUUAUGAAGUAUUGGAGGACCCACACACCUUUAAAGACGCUGUCAAAUCGGUCGUUCCUGGUCUGAACAAGGAGAACGGCGAGAGUUCUAAGUAA